AUGGCAUCAUUUAGGGAGGUUCGCGACCUUCUCCUCGACAGUUUCGAUGACGGAGAAUUAUCGGAGGACGAAUUUCUUCUUCUCUAUGAUUUAAACACGUUUAAAAUCCUGAUUUUCCGUACGAGUGCUACGGGGAAUUCUCCCUUGAUGACCUGGACGACAGCGAGUGUUUUGCCGAAUUUCGUGUUCAUAAAACUGACAUCCCAGUUCUGCUGGAAGCCCUUCAGCUCCCCCAGACUUUCAUAUGCCGACAAGGAACAAAAUGUGAUGGUAUUGAAGGGCUUUGCAUUGCACUGAGAAGAGCUGCAUAUCCUUGUAGAUACAGCGAUUUGAUUCAGCGAUUUGGUCAUCCAGUGCCUGAGCUUAGUAUGAUUUCAAACCUCGUCAUGGAUACAAUUUACCAGCAACAUCAUCAUAGACUUACUCAGUGGAAUAACACGCUCCUGAGUCCUGCAUUACUUGAAACCUAUGCUAUACGCAGUAUACCAGAAAGGAAGUCCAUCGUCCAGUUGUUUUGGUUUUAUUGAUGGAACGGUGCGACCUAUUUGUAAGCCUGGAGAGAAUCAAAGGAUCGUUUAUAAUGGGCAUAAGCGAGUACAUGCCCUAAAGUUCCAGUCUGUAGCACUGCCAAAUGGUAUAAUAGCCAGCAUGUAUGGCCCAGUAGGUAAUUAAAAUUAUAGCAGCAUUUUAUUGAUGUAAAAAUAUUUUGUUGUGAAUCCUCUUACUUCUAAUUUAAUCUAUUUCACUGUUAUCUUCCAGAGGGGAAGAAACACGAUUCUGCCAUGUUAGCAGAUUAUGGUCUUCUUCAACAGCUGGAGCAUUAUGCUUUUUCUCGAGCAGUAGAGCCAAUGGCUCUUUAUGGGGACCCUGCUUAUCCCCUCCGUGUCCACUUGCAAGUCCCCUACAGAUGUGCAGGAAUGACGCCUCGCAUGGAGGAGUACAACAAGGCCAUGAGUGCUGUGCGUAUUUCUGUAGAAUGGCUUUUUGGUGACAUUAUAAACUACUUUAAAUUUCUCGACUUUAAAAAAAACUUGAAAAUUUCUCUGAGUGCUGUUGGGAAAAUGUACAUGGCAUGUGCCAUUCUUCGCAAUGCCUUGACUUGCAUGUAUGGCAAUUCGACAUCAGAGUUUUUUGCCCUAAACCCUCCUAGUGUACGCGAUUAUUUUAAUUGAAUGCUUUUCUAUAGCUAUCUGGGCCGGGAUGUUGUUCAUAGAUAUGAAAGCUUAAAAAGUAAAUUCAGUUUAAUUCUUUUUGUCAACAAGUUGAUGAAUGGAUGCUCUUAAGGUCGAAAUUAACCCUGGGUUAAGCGCUAACUGGCCUUCAAACAACUGGGCCCUGAUCUAAACCAAUGGCAUAUUAUAAUGAUACUAAUUAAGCAAGCCAUAUGGAUCAUUCACUUUUAUGGGGACAAUAUUAUGUUGGCGAGACCACCCAACUUUCUUCACACCACCCAUUUCCCCUACCCACCCUGGGGUGGGGGUACUCCCCAUGAUGGCCUAUAAGAGGAGGUUCCGCCCAAAAGGGCUAACAGAUGAAUUUUAUGGUUUUGAAAAGUCGUCCUAUUUUUGUGGUUGAAUCCUUUUUAACAGAGAGAGCAUUUACACCAGUUAAAGGGGAUGCAAAGUUCUAAACAAAGUAUGUGAAAGGAGUAAUUACUAAACAUUUGUUGAAUACCCCCCGCCCUGGGCUGCCCACCCACCAUUAACAUCCCAAGAAUUUUCUCAUAAAUAACUUUAUUAGAACCAUUCAAAAGCUGUGGUUAAAAUCUCCUUAAUUAAAUAAGCAGUGUAAUAAAAAUCCUUAAAUGGAUAUGUUUACAACAGCCCCUUAGUUCAAAAACCAAACUUUUUAACUUUUUCGCUCUAUGGGAAACAAAGUCUUAUUAGGCUCCAGUACCUUUUCUUGGUGAAAACGUCUCUAAUUUUGAGAAUACUACAAGUAACAACUAAAGUGGGAUUCACAAAUAAUAAAGUUGGAAAGUUAAUAAAACUCUCUGUUAACAAGAACUUUAGUUUCAAAACAUUGUGUCCCUAAACAAUGACCCCCAAUUGUCUUGAUUACAUUUUAAAGGCACAUUUGACCAUACCAGAACCUAACAAAGAAAACAAACCCAACAACAGUCAGCUGGUCACUUUGUUUUUUCUAGUGCUUGUCAAUCAGCUUUGUGACAAGAGCCAGCAUCAAAUCACUUUGCUGCUUUGCUUGCAUGCUCAUCAUGGUUUGGAACUCCUGCAUCUAUUUUUGUUGCUGUUGUUGUUGACUGACCAUGAGUUUCAUCAAAUUUCCUUCUCUUUCCAACUGCAUCCUUUUUAUUUCUAAUUCUUCCUUAUGCAUUUCCUGAAGAUGUUCAUUUUUUUCUCUCAGAUAGGCUACUGUUGCAUUACCACUUGACCUCUUCUUAAAUUUUCUUCCUUCAUUUUCAUCAUCAUUGGACUCUUUCCUCUUCUUUGUCUGCCCAAUACUUUCCAUUGCUCUUUUUCUCAUGUCUGUUGCAUUUUCUCUAUCUUGUUUCUUCUGGUCAUCAACUACUCUCUGCUCAGACUCAGCCGCAUCCUCUCUUUCAAUCAAAUCUUCCAAAGCUUUCUCCAAGUUUGUCAUCUCAGUCUCUAUACCACUUGCUUUCUCUUCAUUUCUGAUUUUUUCUUCAGAUCCCUUGCAAGAUUGUUAUAGCGGUCACGAACUGUCCUCUUAUCCACUUUAACAUAUACAUCUUGGAGUUUGUUUAGGUUUUCAGCUACCUUUUCCCAUUUUACCCCUCUUGCCACAGUACUCCUUUUGGUGCCACAAAACACAUUGACAACCAAGAUUUCUCUACAAAGCAGCUCAUCCUUUUCUUCAUUCCAAAUCAUUGGUUUCCUAA